AUGUUACAGUUCAACGAAAAUUUCCUGCUGCUUCUCUUGGGAGUGGUAGCCCUAAGUCGUGGCAUUUAUAUUGUAAAAGACGAAUGUCCUCCAAACGAAGAGUAUUUGCUGUGCGGGUCUGCGUGUCCAUUCAACUGCAGCUCCCCCUCAGGCCCGGUGGUCUGUUCCGAUGACUGCGUCGAGGGCUGCUUCUGCAAGUCAGGGUUUCUGAGGAACGAGAACGGCACCUGUGUGGGAGCCGAUCAGUGUAUUGGCGACACGAAUCCAGUCUGCGGUAACAAUGAAGAGUUCUUAUCAUGCGGUACAGCCUGCCCGCUGACCUGCAAGCAACCCGAAGCCCUGGUCUGUGGGCUAGCGUGCAGCAUGGGCUGCUUCUGCAAAUCAGGAUACGUGAGGGAUGAAUCGUCAAAUAACUGCGUCACUCUGGACAAAUGUCCUGUGGAGCAAUGUUUAAACGAGAAUGAAGUCUAUGACAUUUGUAACGCAUCCUGCGAGCCGACUUGUGCUGAUCCCGAACCGAUCUGUACCAAAAUCUGCGCCGGAGGCUGUAUCUGUGCCGACGGACUCCUCAGAAACGACGCCGGCGAUUGCGUCAGCAUCGACAAGUGUCCCGGAGGAAACUCAACCGAUCCGGGCUUCCUGAAUAAAUAUUUGGAAGUUAUUAACAAAAUUUUGCACGUAUGA